AUGUCUUAUUGUGAAAAAUCUUAUCCAACUGAACCAACUGCACCAACAGUCACAACCACACAAAUUCCAGGACCAGCUAGUACCAAAGCCAUUGAAAACUUGGGCAAAGUUUUUGAUGCUAGACCAUGCUACUUUGUUGCUGAUUACGAAAAAUCCAUAGGUAACUAUAUUGUUGACCUUGAUGGCAACACCUUUUUAGAUUUAUAUGCUCAGAUUGCUUCUAUUGCUUUGGGUUACAACAAUCCAGAUUUGAUCAAGGCUGCUAAAUCCCCAGAAAUGAUCAGAGCCUUGGUUGAAAGACCAGCCAUUGGUAAUUUCCCAGGUAAAGAUUUGGAAGGCAUUUUGAAACAACUUUUGAAGUUUGCUCCAAAAGGUCAAGACCAUAUCUGGUCUGGUUUGAGUGGUGCUGAUGCCAACGAAUUGGCUUUCAAAGCUGCCUUUAUGUAUUACAGAAGUAAACAAAGAGGUUACAAUACUGAGUUUAGCACACAAGAAAAUGAAUCCGUUAUGGAUAAUGUUUCUCCAGGUUCUCCAAGCUUGGCUGUUUUGUCCUUUAAGAAAGCUUUCCACGGUAGAUUGUUCGCCUCUGGUUCUGUUACAUGUUCUAAGCCAAUUCACAAGUUGGAUUUCCCAUCAUUUCAUUGGCCACACGCUGAAUAUCCAUACUACCAAUAUCCAUUAGAUAAGCAUACAGCUGAAAACAAAAAAGAAGAUGACCGUUGCUUGCAAAUUGUUGAAAAAUUGAUCACUUCUUGGGAAGUUCCAGUUGCAGCCUUGAUUAUCGAACCAGUUCAAUCUGAAGGUGGUGACAACCAUGCCUCUGCCUACUUUUUGCAAAAGUUGAGAGAAAUCACUUUGAAGCAUAAUGUUGUUUACAUCAUUGAUGAAGUUCAAACCGGUGUCGGUGCUACUGGUAAGUUCUGGUGCCACGAAUACGCAAAUAUCACUCCUCCACCAGAUUUGGUCACUUUUUCAAAGAAGUUCCAAAGUGCAGGUUAUUGGUUCCAUGAUCCACAAUUCAUUCCAAACAAGGCAUACAGACAAUUCAACACUUGGUGUGGUGAUCCAGCCAGAAUGAUCAUUGCUGGUGCCAUUGGUCAAGAAAUUGUUGAUAACAAGUUAGUUGAUCAGGUUCAACGUGUUGGUAAAUAUUUGAUUGAUGAAUUGGCAAAGGUAUCCGAAAAAUACCCUCAAUACUUGCAAAGAUUAAGAGGUAAAGGUACUUUUAUUGCUUGGGAUUUACCAACUGGUGAACAAAGAGAUUUGUUUUUGAAGAAAUUAAAGUUGAACGGUUGUAAUGUUGGUGGUUGUUCUGAUAAAUCUGUUAGAUUGAGACCCACACUUACCUUUGAAGAAAAACACGUUGAUAUUUUCAUUGCUGCUGUCAACAAGACUUUGAAAGACUUUUAA